AUGGCAAAAAGCAAAGUUGGAGGUACUUUCAGUCUCAAAAAUGUUUACAUGAUGAUACCAGAAGCUGUGGAACGUGGCAAGCCGGCGGUCAUUAAAUGUAUGUACGAUCUAGAAAAGGAAGAUUUAUACCAAGUGAAAUGGUACAGAGGUGAUAGAGAAUUCUGUCGCUAUUCGCCACGAGACGUCCCGCCUCUUAAAGUAUUUCCGAUAUCGGGGAUAGAAGUGGAUAGGGACGCCAGCGAUGCCAAGCAGGUUACGAUAAAGGCUGCGACAAAGAGAGCUCAUGGAAGAUAUACCUGCGAGGUUUCUGCAGAUGCACCGUCCUUCUUAACCGCUCAAAUGCAUGAUCUACCAAAGUCUGAUCCAGAAUUAAUAGGACUAAAAAAGAGAUACAAGCCGGGAAUGAAGCUAAAAGUGGAAUGCAUUAGUUACGAUUCCAUGCCACCAGCCAAUCUUUCUUUCUUUGUGAACAGUGAACCGGCACUUUCGCAACACGUUUGGCAUAGAGUUAGCGGAGGCGAGAACGGUAGCCUGUGGACUGCCUACAGUACCAUACAGUUUAUAGUGCAAAAACAUCACUUCGUGAGAAGUAAAAUAAAGAUCCGAUGCUCUGCGUACAUCUACUCAAUAUACUUCAAAAGCCACGAGCAGGUGACAGAUGAAGAAGACCCUAAAACAACUGUCGCCCCAGUACCUGAAACUAAUCGCGCCGUUUUGUUUCCAAUACAUCGUGUUUCUGAAAACAGUGCUUUAUCUAACAUCGCGAAUUUAAGCAGCAACAUUUGGCCAUCGUUCAAAUUAGCACUUAUACUCUCUUUGUAUCAUAUUGCUAGAUAA